UCCUGGCGAUAAAUUCCUCGUGAAGUCAGCAUCGAUUUGGGACUACGUUUCGCAUCGGAAAUGGAGGCCGGAAAUCGCUCGAUUUGGGUAACGAAACACUGCAAGCAGUAGGCGCUCUCCUCAUCGAAGACUUCGGGAAGUACUACAACCUGACCGUCGACUCCAGCGCAGAAAUAAACAUAUCUUGGCCCGAUGCCUUCGAAAAGCUCAUGAACCGCGACAUAGACAUGAUAGCAGGGCCGAAACCCGAAGAUCUACAAAUCUUAGACAACGUCGAAGUCAUCUGCUGGUAUAUGUUCCGUGAUAUGGUGCUCGCCAGUUUGGUUCGCAUUAGAACUAUCGAGAACGACAUUUUAAAGCUAGUAAUGCCGUUUCAUUACUUCGUCUGGAUCAGCGUGUUCCUUGUAUUCAUUGUUUACACUCUUCUAUUGAUCGUGCUGAAAAAAUUGUCGAGCAUGGGUUUGAUCAAAGAACAGGUGAAAUUUGCACAUAUUUGGGCGAUCUCGUUGUCUCAAAGCAUCACGUUGCCAAGAAACCUUGGUUUGCGUCUGGUGCUGCUUUUGUGGAUGAUCUUCUGCCUUUAUUUGAGCAUCACUUAUAACAGCACGUUUACCAGCUCGCUGGCUCAAGUCGACACCGAGGAUCUGCUGCAGAAUCUCGAGCAAGUACGUGACUCUGGUCAACCACUCAGCGGACCAGGCGUCGUACGCUCCUAUUUCAACAAUUCCGACGAUCAGUUCAUCAUAGAUUUGUAUAAAAGAUACGAAGUACUUGGACCCGAAGAGGCACUUGAUAGUAUAUUCAAGAAGAAUGGAUUCGCCGUGUUGCAACAUUUCACCGUUGACAGGAUGAACUGGAAUUACAGGAAUAACAGAAGUCUUCGGAUGUACACACUACCAAAACCAGUUUUCAGAUUCCCAGUUUUCUUCUUCGCAAGAAGAGGAUACAUGUAUCGAAGGCCUCUUCGACGACUCAUUACGAAGUAUCGAGAAACAGGCAUGAUAAAGAAACUGAGUAGUCGAUUAAUGGUCGAGGAAGAUCAGCCGAUCGUUUUUAAUCAAGAUUCGGAUGAAAUUUUGACUAUGAAGCAUCUCCGUCCGAUUUUUGAGAUAUUCUUCGUGUGUCAGGGUAUUGGUUGUUUGAUAUUCCUCGUCGAAUUGUUAGUGGCUCGUAUUCUGAGAGAUUCGUUAUAAUAUUCGAUUUUUAAUUUUAUUAGUUGAAUCUUUGAUUAAUUAUAUUGAUGAAAGAUCGGUAUAGUUAACACAAUUAUUUCUAUUAUUAGACUCGAUGUUAAGUACGAAUAAAUAGCGCAGAAAUGAGCGUGAUAAAUUACUUUAUGAUAUAUAUAGAAACGGAAGAAGUCCGAAGCAGCAAGUACAAAUAUGUCUGUUUGCGUAAGAACACGACAAAUCCUUGUUUUACUUCUUUGAGAGUGUUUGGUUUCCUGUUAUUGCACCCGCUCUUUUCAUUAAGUAUGACGUAAAACGAGACGCUAUAUAUUUUGAAGGAUUUCGCGAGAUAUUCCACCGGUUUGCAUAUAUCAAAUUGUCCUUGAAACGAGUUUUUGAAGGUUGACAGGAUGUUGCGUCACGUUUCUUCGUUCCCGCGGAACAAUAAUUCUUCGAUAUUACACAAUCUGCAAGAUGCAUUAUCAUAAAAUGCAUUUCAUUGAGUUUAGCAUUUGUGCUCGGUUGUGAAGUACAAGGUUGCGGGACAAAUUUAUCGAACGAAAGUGAAAACAUCGCGUAUGUUGUCGGCGAACACCAUUCACCAAUAAAUCUGAUUUUCCAAAUUGCUCCGUGCACCGUUGCACGACGAAUCGUUCAACAUCGUUGUUCAGGAGUAUUCUCUCCCACUCGCUCGU